CGCCAAAGCUUGCGCGGGGGAAGCGGGGCAGAGGCUAGGCCGGGCGAGGGCAGACGAAGUCGCCGGAGAUAUCGGCUGCAGCAGCUGACGCUGCUCGGUUCUCCAGGCGCGCCCUAAGCCUUCCUCUUUGGGCAGGCUCGAAGGCGCGCGCGCGCGGUCGGCGUCCUGGGGCUUAGAACUCCAGGGCCUCGACUAGGCAGGCCGCGGAUCGCCCACCCUUCCCCGAGUGUGAGUCCGCCGGGACCCGGGCGCCGCCAAGCGCGGGCGCCACUGUAGCAGAGGCGCCUGAAGACGCGCUCUAAGCUCGAAGAACAGUCCUGCGCCGCCGCCUCGUCCCCUGCAGCCAAGCGGUGGUGUUUCUCCUAUGACCUCUUCCCAGGAAACUUCCUGCAUGCUGGUCAUUGGGCCUCCUCUCUUGUUUUCAAAGGAAUGAGUUUAAGACAGGAGAACAUGGUGACAGGAAGAAGUGUACAGUUGUUGAGUCUGGAUGAAGCAUAAUGCAUCAGUGCACAUGACUGGUUUAAUCUUUGACAAUCGCCAGUACUGCCAAGGAUAUUCUUUUAAAGAAUUAUUGAAGACGAAGUUUUUUUAUUUGUUUUUUAAUGGCUUUACAGAAUUUUAAAUUGAAUGCAGUUUGACAUGACGGCAAAAAAUGUCGGUUUGAAUUCCACAAAUGCAGAACUAAGAGGAUUUAUAGAUCAGAACCUCAGUCCAACCAAAGGUAACGUUUCAUUUGUUGCAUUUCCAGUUUCCAGCACCAACUCACCAACAAAGAUUUUACCAAAAACCUUAGGACCAAUAAAUGUGAAUGUUGGACCCCAAAUGCGUAUCAAUGAAGAAAGAAGCUACUUUUUUUUCAUCAUUUUAAACGCUGGGUCUUCUGUCUCAGUUCAGUAAAUGUUUACUGAUUCUUUCCUAUGAGUGUCUCCUAGCACUGUGGUAGGCCCUGCAAACACCCUCUACCUUUAAGGAUCCUGCAUUGAGAUGGAGAUUAUAAGCACACCACAGAGACUAACCAGUUCAGGAAGUGUUCUGAUUGGGAGUCCAUACACCCCUGCGCCAGCAAUGGUUACUCAGACACACAUAGCAGAAGCUGCUGGCUGGGUCCCAGGUGAUAGAAAACGGGCUAGAGAAUUUAUAGACUCUGAUUUUUCAGAAAGUAAACGAAGCAAAAAAGGAGAUAAAAAUGGAAAAGGCUUGAGACAUUUUUCCAUGAAAGUGUGUGAGAAAGUUCAGCGGAAAGGCACAACGUCAUAUAAUGAAGUAGCCGAUGAGCUGGUGUCCGAGUUCACCAAUUCAAACAACCACUUGGCAGCUGAUUCGCAGGCUUAUGAUCAGAAGAACAUUAGGCGAAGAGUUUAUGAUGCUUUAAAUGUGCUGAUGGCAAUGAACAUAAUUUCAAAGGAAAAAAAAGAAAUCAAGUGGAUUGGCCUGCCUACCAAUUCUGCUCAGGAAUGUCAAAACCUGGAGAUAGAGAAGCAGAGGCGGAUAGAACGGAUAAAGCAGAAGCGGGCUCAGCUUCAAGAACUUCUCCUGCAGCAAAUCGCUUUCAAAAACCUGGUACAAAGAAAUCGGCAAAAUGAACAGCAGAACCAGGGCCCUCCAGCUCUGAACUCCACCAUUCAGCUGCCAUUUAUAAUCAUCAACACAAGCAGAAAAACAGUCAUAGACUGCAGCAUCUCCAGUGACAAGUUUGAAUAUCUUUUUAAUUUUGACAACACCUUUGAGAUUCAUGAUGACAUAGAAGUGCUGAAGCGAAUGGGGAUGUCCUUCGGCCUGGAGUCAGGCAAGUGCUCCUUGGAGGAUCUGAAACUUGCUAAAUCACUGGUGCCCAAGGCUUUAGAAGGCUAUAUAACAGACAUCUCCACAGGACCAUCUUGGUUAAAUCAGGGACUGCUUUUGAACUCUACCCAAUCCGUUUCAAAUUUAGACCUGACCACCGGUGCCACCUUGUCCCAAUCAAGUGUAAACCAAGGGUUGUGCCUGGAUGCUGAAGUGGCCUUAGCAACGGGGCAGCUCCUUGCCCCAAACAGUCACCAGUCCAGCAGUGCGGCCUCCCACUGCUCUGAGUCCCGAGGCGAAACGCCCUGUUCAUUCAACGAUGAAGACGAGGAAGAGGACGAGGAGGACUCAUCCUCCCCAGAAUAAAGACAGGCGCAAACCCGC